CGUAUAAAUUGUCCAUUUUGUUACUAUGUUUUGGUUUUUGCUGUUCUGUUUGCAUAAAAUUGCACUAUGUGAAAACGAUUCUCGAUUAGUACAUAUAGCUCAGGGUCCGGUGCGAGGAUACAAAGAUCCCGUUGAAGGGAUAUACAGCUUCUACAGUAUACCUUAUGCCAAGGUUCCGACAGGAAACGACAGGUUUAAGCCUCCUCUUCCUGCUCCAACAUGGUCAGAGACUUUCGACGCUAUAGAUGAAGAAAUAAUAUGUCCGCAAAGUGAUUUGAUGAGUAUAUUUAGAUCAUCAAAAGUAAUUAAAGAAGAAUGUCUUAUUGCAAAUGUUUAUGUGCCUGACACAAAUAAAACGAACCUGCCUGUGCUUAUAAUAGUUCACGGUGGAGCCUAUUCAAUAGGAUGGGGAAAUAUGUUCACUCCAAAGACAUUGGUAAAAAGUAAGAAAAUCAUUGCCGUAACUUUUAAUUACAGACUUGGUCCCCAAGGCUUUCUUUGUUUGGGUACAAAAGAUGUUCCUGGAAAUGCUGGAAUGAAAGACCAAGUAGCACUAGUUCGUUGGGUAAAGACGAAUAUUGCAAGUUUUGGUGGAAAUCCUGAAGAUAUAAUAAUAUCAGGCUUUAGUUCAGGAGCUUCUGCAGUAGAUGUUUUAAUACUAUCUAAAAUGACAGCAGGAUUUUUCAAGAAGGUUAUACCAGAGAGUGCAGCAGCCCUUGGCCCCUAUGGUGUCCAAUUAGAUCCUAUUGAAAAUGCAAAAACAUACGCUAAAUUAUUGAAAUUCGAUAACGUCGACGAUAUAGAAGCUUUGGAACAGUUUUACAAGACCGUUCCUCUUGAUAUCCUGAACUCUGUUCAAAUUACACAUAGGAAAGAUUCUGUGACUAUUAUGGCACCUUGUAUAGAACGAGAUAUAGGAGAGGAAAGAUUUCUUCAUGAUAGCCCAAUCAAUAUAUUGAAGAGUGGCAAUUUCGAAAAGCUACCUCUACUGUAUGGGUUUACCGAUAUGGAUGGAGUGUUGAAAUUUCCUCAAUUUUAUGAUUGGAUCGAUGAAAUGAAUACUAAUUUUUCUGAUUUUUUGCCAGCUGACUUACAAUUUAAAAACCAAAAUGAAAAAGAAAAAAUCGCACAACAGAUUAGACGUUUUUAUUUUGGUCAAAAACAAAUAAGCAAAAAAACAGCAAAAGAAUUCAUUUAUUAUUAUACAGACGUCAUGUUUGCGUGCCCAAUGUUGAGAUCUGCUAAACAUCAAGUCGAAGCUGGACAUCAUCAGAUAUAUUUAUACCAGUAUUCUUAUGUCGAGGAUAAUGCACCUUUCAUACCGAACACUAAUAUACGCGGUGCAAUACACUGUGCUCAGACAUUCAGUAUAUUGGACGGAUUUUGGAAUAAUACUUUAAUCGAUGAAAAAGAUGUUUCAGAUGAUAUGAUACAAAGAAAAAUUUUUAUGAAACCAAUUUGGUUAAAUUUUAUGAUAGAAGGGCAACCAACUCCAGAAGGAUCCGAUCUACCGAUGUGGCCCCCAGUAGGAGCUGACUUGUCGCCUCAUAUGUCUAUUAAUAGGACUUUUGAAUUGAAAGGAUCUCCUAUAAAGGAACGGUAUUUAUUUUGGGAAAAAAUCUAUGACGAAUACUACCGCUACCCCAUACCGCCGAUGUUGCCGACCAAGUACAGGAACCUCAACGAUGUCAAAACCAAGUUAUGAUAGUGCCAGUAAUUUAAGA